AUAUAGUUAGAAAGGCAAACUAAUUUUGUGUGAAUAAAUAUGUUUGAAAUGUGUGUGUGUGUGUAUGUCCAUGUGUGUGUGUGUGUGUGUGUGUGUGUGUGUGUGUGUGUGUGUGUGUGUGUGUGUGUGUGUGUGUGUCUGUGUGUCAGAUUGAAUAUUCCAACAAGCCAGUCUAGUCUUGCCUUUUGCGUAAAGAAAGGCAUAUGACUUAGACUUUGUAGUGAGCUAUGGAUGAGUGUCAUCUACCAAGGAAGCUUUUGGUGUGUGCAUCACCACAAGGUAGACGUUCAGUCGGAGGCCAGAGAAUGAGAUGGAACGAUUUGGUACCGAGGGAUUUAAGGAAUUGCAAUCUUGAUGGGGUUUGGAGGGUACUAGCAGAAGAUAGGAAUGAGUGGAGGAAUCAGAUCUGGGCUGCCACACAGGAAGUAAAUUUCAAGAAGGAAGAACAAGAGAAAUACCGCAAGGAGGAGCAGAAACGUCGCCGCAAAGCAAGGCAAACGACAUCAGAGUUUGCUUUACACUGCAGCUUUGAUGGUUGUGGAUUUACUGCUGUAAAUCAUGCCGGCCUUGUAAACCACCAGAGACAGAAACAUGGUCAGUCCCUGACUAGUCAAUGUCAGUACUGUCACCAAACAUUCUGCCAACAAGGCCUCCACAACCACAAGCGUUUCUGCUGUCAGAGAACAUCCACUCCUCUGAUAUAGCCUAUGGUGACCUUGGCCUGAUUCGUUUCUCAUUGGAAUGAACGCAGCGUGAAGUGAAGUGUGUGUGUGUGUGUGUGUGUGUGGUGUGUGUCCGUGUGUGUGUGUGUGUCCGUGUGUG